AAAAAACAAAAACCAGACUUUGGCAUUCAAAACCUGGUCGCUUCAAUCACUCUCUCUCUCUCUCUCUCUCCUCUCCGCCACUCAUGCCAUGGAAGUAGCCCAUCAAGACCUCGGCUUCGGCUUCGGCUCGGCUAGAGUCUCCUUAACCCCAAUACCGGCACCCUCUUCUACGCGCCGCCUCUCCAGCAGCUUCAAUGAGACGAGUCGACCCGUGCCUGCUCGUCGGAAGCUGGCAUGGGUCUCCCUCGAUGGUCUGCUUGUCAAUGCCGACGAGGCCAGCUCGGCUCGAGCCAUUAAAGGUGGCUUGAACCCCGAGCAAGCCGUGGCUUGGGAGCUGUUUAGCCCCAUCCAGAGGUUCCUCUUUGUUGCCGUGAUAAGUGUCGCCGCUGCAGAGUCGAAGAAAAACCGCCACAUUACGCAGCUAACGAAAUCUGUGGAACUUAGGGAUCAGCUAUUAUCAAGCAUGCAGCAGAAGCUUGACAGCCUGUGCGAGCAGAUGAAUAACAUUAAGGACCACUCAGCAACCGUGGACCCUUCCACCCUCGAAAACGCAGAAUUGCAACGCAAUGAAUCGUUUGGUUCUCAUAAAAUCAAAUUUGUUGAUUGUGGUUGUUGGCUUUGUGAUCAACAUCGUGACCUUCAAAAUGGGUUGGGGAUGGGUAACAAUGUUAUGAAAGCCUCCAAUGGGGAUGAGAUACUGCAAUAUAAAAUGUCUCUCCCAAUUGUACAAGAGCAAGAGGAGCGCCGUAUGUCUGAUUUAUCAGACCUGGCAUCAAGUGUCACUUCUGCUGCAGACAUCCAGCUAAACACCUUAGCCAUUGAACAAGACAUAUACAAUCUCAAGAAGGAUUGUGAAGAGAAAGAUGGGACUAUACAGGACCUAACCACUUUACUCCAGUCAUCUGAAAAUGCUGGUUCAAGGAGGAUUGCAGAGUUGGAAGACAUAAUUCGUAGGAAGAACUCAACGAUUACAAGACUAAAGAGGGACAUGGUGGUUCUAGAACAAAAGGUAGUACACCUUACAAGGCUUCAGAGACCCUCUUUCUCUUCCUCAAACUCACAUGAUAUACAAAUUCCGCACAUGACAGACAACCUCCUUUAUGAUAUGGAUAGUACUACUAGCCCUUCAUCCUCUGAUUCAGACUGCUCUCCUGUGAAUCGAACAAAAGCUCCUCCUAGUUCUGCAUAUCCAGAGGUUCCUCAGGUUCAUGACUCUGUUUCAACAAGCCAAAAACUAGUGCCGGAAAAAGCCUCAAUUUCUAUGGUGAAACCAACUGCCAGUCACAUAAAAUAUCAGUCAUUGAAUCCUCUAAAAGAGAUAACUAUGAAUUCAAGGCCAGUACACUCAGUAAGCAAAAAACCACAGCCAAUGAGUCCAAGGCCAGUACACUCAGUAAGCAAAAACUCUCAGCCAAUGAGUCCAAAAUCUCAACCAGCGAGUCCAAAAUCUCAGCCAAUGAGUCCUAUAAAAAAUUCCAGUACAAUUCAUUCUUCAAGGCCAAGGCAAUUAUCAGCUGGUGCAGAUUCGAGAAAGAUAAUUAAAAGGCGUUCUCUCCCUGGACGAAAGGAUGCUACUCCAGCAACUCCACAGAAGAGAUGGGCUUAGUAAGGUUGAUGUGGAAAAUGAUGCAUGCAAUUUGGAGUUCAUCCAUCCCCGUGGAUGAUACUUUUGAGUAGAUAUAAGAAUCAGGCUAGUAUAUAUGUUAUAGGUGCUGAGAGAUUUUUGAAUUGUCAUGUUAAUGAUGCUGCUGUCGUUAGAUAUAGAAUUGCAGAGCUGCAGAACUUGGGAACAUGGCUCUUUCGGUAGAAGAUGAUCUCAUUAUUUUACAGUAAA